AUGGCUACAUCGUACAUUCCGUACCUUAUUUCCUUUGUAGCAUUUUUUAUCCUCCUCGAACAGAUUUCUUACAUAAGGAAGAGACGUUUCUUGCCAGGUCCUACACUAGUACCUCCAUUUAUAGGCAACGCCAUUUCCUUAGUUGUUAAUCCGACCAAAUUCUGGGACCUCCAGUCGACCUAUGCAAAAUCCGGCCCCCUUGGAAUCUCCGCGAAUUACAUCGUCGGCCGCUAUAUUCUCUAUGUUUACUCCACCGAGCUCUCCCACAAAAUCUUCGCCAACGUCCGCCCCGACGCCUUCCACCUCGUCGGCCACCCGUUUGGGAAAAAACUAUUCGGCGAGCACAAUUUAAUCUACAUGUUCGGACAGGAACACAAGAACAUGCGCAGACGAAUUGCGCCUAACUUCACCCCAAAAGCCCUUCAAACCUAUACUAAUAUACAACAGAGGAUUAUGCUCAAACACCUUAAGUCCUGGUGCCAGAAAGCGGGAAGUGAGUCAUCUGGGUCUAUUCCACUUCGAAUCCUCUGCCGGGACAUGAAUUUGGAUACCUCGCAAACAGUAUUCGUGGGGCCUUACCUUAGCGGGAAGGCGCGUCAGAGAUUUAACAUAGACUACAAUUUCUUCAACGUUGGAUUGAUGAAACUCCCAAUUGAUUUACCGGGUUUUGCCUUCAGAAAUGCGAGGCUUGCUGUGCAGAGACUGGUUGAGACCCUCGCCGGUUGUGCAGAAGAAAGCGAGAAGAGAAUGAAGGCCGGAGAAGAACCCACGUGCUUAAUUGACUUCUGGAUGCAGGAAAAUUUGAGGGAAUUUGCAGAAAAACCAUUUGAAUACAGCUACAUGGAAAUUGGGGGUCAUUUGUUUGACUUCUUGUUUGCUUCACAGGAUGCUUCUACUUCAUCUUUAUUGUGGGCCGUAACGUUCUUGGAUUCACACCCUGAAGUUUUACAGAGGGUGAGGAAAGAGGUGUCGCAAUAUUGGGUGCCGGAGUCUUGCGCCUCCAUAACAGGGGAGAAUCUGAGGGAGAUGAAGUACACCGAAGCGGUGGCGCGCGAGGUUGUGAGGAUCAGAGCUCCAGCGACCAUGGUGCCACACAUUGCCGGAGUGGACUUCCCAUUGACGGAAAAUUAUGUAAUACCGAAGGGUACUAUUGUCUUUCCGUCGGUGUUGGACUCUUCUUUUCAGGGGUUUGCUGAAGCGGAGCGGUUCGAUCCGGAUCGGUUCAUGGAGGAGAGGCAGGAAGACCGGGUUUACAAGAGGAACUUUUUAGCUUUUGGAGCUGGGUCCCACCAGUGUGUGGGCCAGAGGUAUGCGAUCAACCAUCUGAAGUUGUUCAUUGCAAUGUUUUCAACGUUGAUUGAUUUCAAAAGGGACAGAUCGGAUGGUUGUGACGAAAUCACUUAUGUCCCUACUAUCGUUCCUAAGGACGAUUGUAGGGUUUUUCUUUCACAACGAUUUCCAUCCCGAUGGUGA